AGCCCCUCCAUUCUUUCUACUUAAUUUUUUUUCCUCUCUAUUUGCAUAUAUAUACACGCACACAAACACACCCUCUUUUUCACUCUCCUUCACUCACUCCAAUUCUCUCAAAAAAUAAAUAAGCAUAUUUUAAUUUUUUUUCUCUCAUUAUGGAAUCAACAGAAGAAGAGUUCUCAAGUUUCACAACAAAAGGAAGGCGAACAAAGCGUCAACGAUCACUCCUUGCAGCAACCGCUUCCUCAAGUUAUCGCGGUGGUGGUGGUGGCGAUGGUGGUGCGGUUGUUGUUCUUGCCGCUACUCGUGGUGGUGAUAAUUGUUCAGAUAAUAACAGUUAUGGUUCAUCCUCCUCCGGCGCAUCGCCGUCCGAUGAGCAUGAUAUCAUGAGUGAGGUCACAACAACCGAAGAAGAAGAUAUGGCUAAUUGUCUAAUCCUUUUAGCUCAAGGGAUUGAAAGAAAAGUUUCCCAUAUUAUCAAAUCCAAGACCAAAACAAACAACAACAAUAAUAUAACUAGUACAACAACAAGUACUAGUAAUAUUAGUACAUAUGAGUGCAAGACAUGUAAUAAAACAUUCCCGUCUUUUCAAGCACUAGGCGGCCACCGUACUAGUCACAAGAAGAUCAAGCCCUCCACCCCUACAGUUGUUGUCCCACCAACCCGAUCCCCGGACACCAACGACACCGUCCUCCACGAUCGUGAUCGUAGCCUUAUGGUUGAUGAUGAUCUAGAUGUAGCGGAAUUCACUAGUAAGAAAUAUUUUCUUGUACAAUCCAACAAUGAUGCCAGUAAGGCCAGGGUGCACGAGUGUUCGAUAUGUGGGUCCGAGUUUCCAUCAGGACAAGCCUUAGGUGGUCAUAUGAGAAGACAUAGAGCAGCAGCCGCCACAACAACCACCACGACCACGACAACGACAACGAUGACAACUUCUCCAAUUAGUACUACUGCGACUGCUGCAGCAGCCGCAACGACGACGACGGUGAUCGAUACGGGUGGGCCAAGGAAUAUUCUAUCCUUGGAUCUAAACCUUCCAGCUCCGGAUGAUCAGGAAGAACAACAACAUAUUGAGGUGGCUGAUCACAUGGAUACCAAGUUUGUUCAUGUUCUUCCUACGCCUACUCCUUUGGUGGAUUGCCAUUACUAAAACAAAAAUAAAUAAAAAUAUAGAAAUACAAACAAAUUGAUAUAAUUGAUUAUACUUUAUUGUUAUUGACUUUUACUGUGAAUUAUUGAUCAUUUGAUAUACUAUUUUUAUAAAUACAUAUUGAAGAAAAUUAUGAUUAUUUAUUUUGUGA